AUUAUGAAUAGAGCUAGCUAGCUGCAUUUCCCCCAGGAUCAAUGGCUUGGUUUUUAAACAGUGUAGAGGUCUUCAUAUAUAUAUAUGAAACUUGGGAGUUGAUUGUGACCACUGCUUAUACUCACCAAUGAAUCCACUGCUGAAAUUUCGAUGGGCUUUGUGCAACUUAGUACGGAUUGGAUUCUUGACUUCUCUGCAUUAUUAUUAACCUAUCUCUUCAGAGUGUAGUAGUACAGUUGCAAGAUAAGGCUCAACAUACUCCAAAUUCCAGGACCUGAAAGAAAUUAAGGUCCAUUCAUUAUGUCAAACUCCAUGACCAAUCAAAACCAAUUUGAGGGGCAAGAGUUAGAUGCUGCUUAUGGUUCUUGUUUGAGAAACAACCCUGCAUUCACUACUGAGUCCAUAGGAGGAGUGUUUUCCAUUAUGGAACCUCACCAUCAUGCACUAGCUUCAGGCUCUGAGAUGAGUCACACAAGGCAUUUGAUGGAUCUUCUUGGAGCAGCUGCUAAUGAGAGCAAUCAUCAUCAUCAUAAUCAUCACCAACGACGACCUCAAGGGCUCUCUCUUUCCUUAGGGUCUCACAUGAUUGUUCCUUCUCAUGAUGAAUACAGUAGGCAUAAUAGUAGAUCCUUCGUUAAUGGUUUCAUGAACCCCAAUAAUUACUUCAUCCCUGCCCAAGAUUCAAGGGCAGUGGAGAAUAAUCUAACCAGUGACUACUACUUCAACAGUGCCACCACCACCACUACUUUUGCUUCAUCUUCUGCCUCUUUUGGAAGUGAAUCUUUUGCUGCUCUCAUUGGGAACUCUAGGUACCUCAAACCAGUACAGUCCCUUCUUGAAGAUCUUGUUGAUGUUGGUGGAAACGUGGUUGAUAGAAUCAAUGACAAGUAUGUGGAGAAGUUGUUCCAUGGUGGCAGGAACAGUUCCCGAACACUCUCCUCACAGUUCAGGAACAACAUAAACACUGGUGUCUUGUCAGCUGAAAAACAAGAACAUCAAAUCAAGAUUGCAAAAUUGAUUUCUUUGUUGGACGAGGUAGAAGGGAGGUAUGAGAAAUACUACCAUCAAAUGGAACAAGUGGUGGCAUCGUUUGAGAUGAUAGCAGGUGAAGGAGCAGCAAAAUGUUACACUGCAUUGGCACUACAAGCCAUGGCUAGGCACUUCUGCAACCUCAGAGAUGCAAUAAUGUCACAGAUAAAUUUGGAGAAAAAGAAACUGUUGCAAGAUUUGCCUAAACAACUCAACAAUGGGUUAUCUCAACUAAGCCUAUUUGAUAGAGACACAAGUAGACAAAGCAGAAUGUCUUCUCUCCAACAACUUGGGAUGAUCCAAAGUCAACGCAGCCAACAAGUUUGGAGACCCAUCAGAGGCUUACCUGAAACCUCUGUUGCAAUUCUACGUUCUUGGCUCUUUGAGCACUUUCUCCACCCUUAUCCUAAUGAUUCUGAGAAAUUAAUGUUAGCGUCCCAGACAGGUUUAACUAAAAACCAAGUGUCGAAUUGGUUCAUAAAUGCAAGGGUACGGCUAUGGAAACCAAUGAUAGAAGAAAUGUACGAACAAGAGUUUGGAGACUCUUCAGAAGACUCCAACCCACAACCUGAUUUCACCACCGAUGAUGCUACUCACUGCCACCACCACGAUUCAAAUUAAAAACGAAAAAGCAGAGAACAAUUACUCUUAUUAUUACUAUGUAACAUGACACAAUGAGUCAAUGAGAUUGAGAGCCAUUGUAAACAAUUUUUUUUUUGUUUUUAGUAGUCUUUUUGUUUAAUCAAGAAGUAACAAGUAAGCUUGUAUCGAAAGAUUAACAACCUGGUGUAA